AUGUUAUUAACAGUUAUUGAAAUUAACUGGGAAAUUUUCCAACAUAAAAGAGCUUUGUCGAUUUGCCGGGUGUUAAUUACAUCUACUGCUUGCUUAAUUAAUCAUCACAAUCAAGAGUUUUUGAACAUUUCGGUUAAUUGUUACUCACAACAACAAAAAGCAAAGAGUCAUGUACUUGAUAGCAACUUGCGGCUUGUUCUUUUAUUUAAUUUUCAACAGCAUGCACUUUGUUGCAUUUACAUCAACAUCAGUGAAGUAAAGUGA